GUCAAAGAUCAUUUUAAAAGUCAACACAACAUAAAACAGCAGUAUCGAGUGUCAACGUAAGCAUGAACAAUAAAACUAAUUAAAAGAGAAGUAGUUGUUGAAUAAACCGUCAUGCAAAUCACAAAUCAGGCCUAUAAAGAAGGAUGUUGGAUUGUUUUUCUUUGCUCUAUUUGGUACACGAGUAGUUCAGGACAAAAUGUUAUCAACAAACGCCUUCUGGGCUACUUUCCGUAUCCUAUAACGAUCUCAAUGGUACAUAUGUUGUGCGUAGCACUUUUUCUAGGACCGGUGUUACGGCUUCGGAAAGUAGAGAAGCUGAAAAUUCACGAUAAACAUCGUUUUUUAAUGCUUGUUUUCCCAUUGGCAUUUGGAAAAUUUUUUGCAUCUAUAUCUUCUCAUUUAAGUAUUGCAAAUGUGUCAGUAUCGUUUGCUCAUACAGUGAAAGCUAUGAUGCCAAUAUUCACAGUCAUCUUAUCAAGAAUAAUAGUAAAUGAAAAAGCAAGUAAAAGGGUUUAUUUGGCUCUAGCAACAAUAAUAUUUGGUGUUUUGAUAGCUACUGUAACUGAGUUGACUUUCAAUGUUAUAGGAGGCACCUUCGCACUCAUAGCAACAAUAACUUUUUCUCUUCAAAAUGUUUAUACAAAAAAGGCGAUUGGAGAUUUGUACAUUCAUCAUUUGAGAUUAUUACUGAUCCUGGGUCAGCUAGCUUCCCUUAUGCUGCUUCCUAUAUGGAUGUACGUUGACCUAACUAGAAUAUACAACAAUAAAGUUUUAAUUGAAACAUUAAAUUGGCCAAAAACCCUGUUGUUGCUGUUUCUUAGCGGAUUACUCAAUUUCACCCAGAAUAUAUUUGCAUUUAGUGUGAUUUCUCUGAUUAGUCCUUUAAGUUAUUCAAUUGCAAAUGCAACAAAACGAAUUGUCAUUAUCACAAGUUCAUUGAUAUUUCUGCGGAACCCUGUCACGCCGAUGAACGUAUUUGGAAUGGGCACUGCAAUCAUUGGAGUACUAGCUUAUAACAAAGCAAAGUAUGAUGACCGUUGCAAUAAACAGAUGUUACCUGUGUACACAAGUGAUGCAGACUUGGUGCAUAUGAAAGCUUAUAGGACUAGAGAGGCAAUCUUUUCAAAUGGUCACUCAAAUUCUAAUUAUGUUUAAAAUUGAAAUUCUGCUAUGUAUGUACGCCCUAUCUAGACCAUCAAUUUAUUUUUUUGACAAAAUCAUGUGACAUGCCUAAAUAUGGUCAUUAUGACAUCCUGGACAUAUAUGGGUACAUCAUGACUAUAUAUGGGCACAUCAUGACUAUAUAUGGGCACAUCAUGACUAUAUAUGGGCACAUCAUGACUAUAUAUGGACAUACAAUAGUUUCAUGUCAAAGAAAAUUUGACAGUGUGGACAAAGCGUUGAGUGACUGGUUAUAUUUAAUAUUGGUCAUUAUGUAACUAGCAUUAUAGUAAAAAGUGUUUUUAUGACAUAAGACUCAGGCUCAAUAAUUAAACAUUUUAUUAAAUAUUUAUAAACUUAAUUUUAUUGAUUAUGUGCUAUUUAUAUAAAAUAUUGCAUCAUACUGCAUUCUGGCUCUCAUCCUUUUUCUGGGUUCAUUUUAAACUGGCUAAUAAAUUAAAUCACUGAAAAGAAUUAUCAUAAUGAAAGAAAUUGAUACUAGUGUGUGAAUACUAAUUCUGUGUAUGUUUACUAAGCAACAUUUUUCUGUUCAUAUAUAACCAUAUACACUUUAAGAAGCAACAAAACGAGAAACAGCUAAAGCAAAUAAAUUACUGAAACCAAAGAUAAUAAAUAGCAAAAGAUAGAGCAGUUCGCGAUAUAGUGGAACACCCCAUGAGGGCGUCCAUGAGAGCAAUUUUCCUCCAUUCGAGCGGCGGCGCUAUAACUUUGAUGGGUUUGAUUGGUUGAUAACUCUCUAGUUCGUUUGUUUUCAUUAGCUUCUCCACUCCAUGAAAUAAUUUCCUCCAUUCUAGAGAUGGCGCACGUUCCAUCGAAUUUAAUACAAAUUACGCGAAGAGCUUCAGUAUUCUUCUGCUAUUUAUGUUCUUUGCUGAAUGCUGAAACUCAAGAGUCAGCAGCCCUAAGCACAUUGGUAUAUUAUUCAAUGCAGACUUGAAAUGGCAUUUUAUGGAUUAUAGUCAAGUAAUAAUGGUUUAAGAUGUCUAUAUGUAGCAAAGAAAUGACAAUUGUGUGUCUGCAGCCCUCUCUGUUGGUGAUAUUCACCUGUGAGAAUGUGGAGGUCAGAAAGUUGAAACAAUAAUUCUAGUUGCUAGGUGUCAGAUUUUCACAAUUUUUGUAUGUUAUGUCUGCAAUCUAAUCUAAAUGUAGAAUUAAAUAUAAUUUUUGCAAUUUUAUUUUCCAAACAGUUAACUUUAAUAUUGCAAUUAAUAGUAACAUUUUUGAAACCUUCAUUUGAAAUAUUAUGAAGUUAGACAGCAAGGGAAUUGUUUCAUAGAAAUAUUUUUUAGGUAUAUUAGACUCAUCAAAUAUUUUGAAUAAAUUUGUGCAUGAUUAUUUUGAAGCCAUUUUUGCUAAUAAGUGAUGUUUUGCUAAGCAUUAGUACAAAUUGUGUCUGCAAUAUGUUAAUUGGUAAUGUAAAUAUAAAGUGAAUGUUUAUAUUUUAUAUAAUGUUUAUUUUAUAAUUAUUAUAAACACAUUUUUGUGAUUUAGAUUUAAAUGUCAUUUUU